AUGCUAUCAACCAUUUUCAUCCGUCUGUUUUCCUGUCUCCUCUCUCCUCAUGUGGACGAUAAAAAGAAGCCCAAAGAGGAGAAGAAGAACGAUGAGGAACAACAACAAGAGAAAUGUCCAAAUGUCAAAGAGCAGCUGGAAACCAACAACACAGAGAACAGCAGCAGCUCAGACAGUCAGGAGACGUCAGGAGACAUCGAAGUGGUGGUUAAUGACAACUACAAGUUUAUCUGUCUGAGACACGAGUCUAAUCAGGACAAACCACUGCGAGGACGUCAGUUAAAAGUCCAGAUCAACAAUAGUGAACCCAUCACAUACACAUUUGAUCCAUCAAUGGAACUCAAGGCUGGAGACAAAGUUACUUUAUACCAUCCAGACAGUGAGCAUCUUGUCUCUGAUAGCCUGGUGUGGAUGGACCUGAAGUCCUGGAAGUCUGGAGACAGAGUCCAGGUCUCUCUGCAGUGAAAUAGUUCCCAGUUGAACUCCUUCAAUAAAGUUCAGUAAUCCAGCAAACAGCAACAUUAUAGAUGAGAAACAGCAUGACUCAGAUUUUCCUGAUCUGUAUACACAACAGCAUCCUGUCACUGAAUGAUCUUUUUAUUGAAUUAAAAUCUUGUUUGUGUGUGAAAAGAAAAACCUUUAUCAGUAUGGUUUGUUUUUUUCUUUAGAGUUUAAAUCGUUAUUCAAUGUCAUUGUCACAACGUGGGGGCUACUACUUCUGAUCUAUUUAUUUGGUUAAGUGCUGAUCUAUUGUUAGGUAGCCUAAAUGUAUUUGUGUAAAUACCAGUGAUGGGAGUAACUGCGUUAAAAUAACUGGCGUUACUAACGUUUCAAUUACUGAAAAUGAAAUGGGACGCCUUACUUGGCUACACGGGACAAGCAAAGCUGUUCUUGGAGAGGAGAAGACGGAGGGGCAAAACAACCGCAUAGGUGAUGAUGAUUGGCUAAGGUGCAGUAGACUUUCAUGAUAAGCCAAUCACAGGCAGUGUUCAGUUUAUACACAAAUCACACCCACACCAAACUAGCAAAGGUAAGUAGCAGCAUUGCUGAAUAGGAAAAGUUGUGAGCCGUCACUGGUUGGAACGGGUUUUUCUCUCUGACUCAUAUCUGUCUGUUACACUCUGACUCGACGGCCUGACAGACUGGAUCAGUGAAGAAGCGCAUAGAUGAACAGUUACUGUGUUUAUAUCCAGCUUGUAUAGUGAUCUCCCACUUUAAUUAUUUAUGUUUUGCUUUUUUUUUU